AUGUAUCAACGUUUUUUUCAAAAUUCAUUACAAUCUGUGACACAGAUUCGUAAUGUGUCUUCUAAAUAUGUUCGUCCUCAUCCUAGACAUUACAAAAGAAGAUUGUUUGAGGAAGCUGUUGCUCCAGUACUUCCAGAAGAAAAAAAAAAGUGUGUUUCUAAAACUUUUUUAAUGGAACAGGCAAAAUUAGAAAAAGAAGAAUAUAUGGAAAUUGAAUUGGCUUUAGCUAAAAAGGUAAAAGAUUGGAUUAUUGAAAAUGAAUUUAGAGUAAUGGCAUAUUGCCAAUUACUUCCGAUACAAGGACGUACUAGACGCCUUGCAGUUAAUCAACUUAGGUUACAAGAACUAGAUUUGAAAUCUUAUUCAAAUAAAGUAAUGAAAAAAGUUUUUGAAAAUACACCACUUGAAACAGUAAAUUGUUUACUACAUGGUUCCAACUGUAUUAUGUUUGCAAAAGACAUAGAUAAGUUGGGUCUUUUAUUUAAUCAGGCAAAAAAACUUAAUUGGUUACAACCAUUAGCUUUUUCAGUUGACGAUAGAAUUUUAUCUUAUAGUGAAUGUGAAGCAUUAGCAAAAUUACCAUCAUUAGAUUGCGUGAAAGGAGAGACUGCACAAAUUAUUAGCAGAAUUUCUAAUGAUUUAGUCAACAAUAUUUCUCAUCAUUCAAAUUCUUUAGCUAACACAUUAGCAGAAAUAAGUACUGAGAAAUAG